GGUGGAAGAGGGGAAGAAGGAGUACCGGAGGGAAAACAAGAACAACAAGAAGAAGAAGAAAUAGUCGUCGUUGUUGAAAAAGAAGAAGAGAAACGUGGUUUGACUUCUAGUAAUAUUAUUGGUGUUAUUGUUGUUGUUGUUGUUGUUAGUAAUUUUAGUAAUAAUAGUAGUGAAGGUGAAAUUAAAAAAAGUAGUAACAAUAAUUUACCGGAAACGGAUAUAAAAAGAAGAAGAAUAAGAAAAAUAAUAACAUGGCUAAAACUAGUACCGGUGUUUCUUACGGUGUUGUACCAGAGAUGAGACAUUCCAAGAGUGAAGAUCUUCUUGGUGUCAUACCAAAUUCAAGAUCAACUAGUCCAAGUAUUGGAUUACCAAGUACUGCAUCAGAAGAUGAUUUGAUAGCUGCCAGUGCAUUGCAUGAGGCUAGUGAUCGUGAUCGUGAAAGACAUCAUCGUCAUCGGGUUAACGCUGUCAUUGGUGAUACCAGAAGAUUGCCAACAACAACAACUAAUAUUUCAUCUUCUUUACCAUCAUCAUCAUCAUCAUCAUCAACAUCAUCUAACACUACUACUACACAUAAUUCAACACCAAAUACUACUACACUGUUUGCUUCUAAGUUUGUUACUACACCUGCCGGACUUCUUACCGAUCGUAUCGAUCCUGAAGACUCCAUUCGUGAUAUCGUCACUGAGAAUGAUCUCUAUAGGUUCGUACUUUUUAAACGACAUUACGACAAGUACGUGGCCCUUGCUGCAAAAUACGAGGAAGCAAAGGGUAUUGCUUAUUACCUGGAAGAACGUUACCAUGAGGUUAAGGCUGAAAGGGAUAAACUUGAAAAGGCACGUCGUUUUUUGGAGAUGAGAUUGGAAGGUUGUGAAUCUGAAUUAAGAGGUAAAGAGGACGAUCUUUUCUUACAAUUGGAACGAACACUUCGAUUGGAGGAAGAAGUCGAACGUGCGAAGGUGGAGCGUGACAACUAUAUAGCUGCUCGCGAUCGUUUGGAUCAACAGCGCGAAACGGCAUUAAGAAGAUUGCAACUUCAGUUGGCGCAUAACGAAGCAACCAGACAAUCACUCGAACGGGCACGGCAGGACGUCAUAAGACAGGCCACCGUCAUUCGGGCUGAACGAGAUGCACUUGAGAGAGAAAACAAAACGUUGAAAGAAAAGUUACGUAUAGGUGAGGACGAAUUAGGUAUUGAAAGACGUCGAAGAGAAGAAGGUGUAGCAGCUCUUACGCGUGAAACAAUAACGUUGAGACAUGCUGCAAGACAUCUUAGAGCAGCGACACUUCAUGCCACAUCUUGCCGUCGUCGUAGAAGAUGUUCAAUUUGUCUUUACGCUCAACGUACAUUCGCUGAGGUUGAUGAUUUUCAAGAUGAUGGUAAUCUCUUCAAGUGCCUUCAAGCGCCCUUACAAGAUUUGCGUACUUGGUUGAGACCAAGUUCAACAACGUGUACUACUAGUUCAGCAUGUACCGGUGGUGCUGGUGGUGGUGGUAGUGGUUCAUCGCGUACACCUAGAACAAGUUCACCAUUGGCCGAAAGAGAAAUUACUUACAUCGAUGACUCAAGUGUUGAUAGUAGUAAUGGUGGUAGUACCGAAAGUACCACCAGUAGAAGUACUACAAGUAACAGUAGUAGUAACAGUGCUUCAGAUGAUGAGGCCUAUCCAAGUACCCUUGUUGCUGAGAUGUCAUUGUCAUCAGCUAAUUCAAAUGUACCACCCACUAAUCGAGCAUUUUCUUCGGAUUCAGGACGGACGUUUCUAGGUUCUCAUCGGAAAUUGGAGACCGUAGAUCACGGUGUUUCGAAAAUGGUUGCAGCAGUACCAGCAGUAGCACCGGUAGCAAAAGCAGAAAAAUCAGCGAAUCGUUCAGCAGUAGCGAACCGGAUGAUCAGGGUGGUACGUCGAGUGGGGGAGGAUUUACACGUUCCAAGUGGACAUCUUCGUUCCGAAGAUUACUUGGACGCAAAUUGAAAUCGAAGCAAACAACUACGUCGAAUAAUGGUGGUGGUAGUAGUGGUGGGGGUAAUAAUGGUGGUACAUCAUGAACUAUUACAAUUCAUCAAUUACAUCAAAGAAUAUAUGAGUAUGAAUGUUACAAAAAAAGAUUGCUUAGAUCUUUUUUUUUUUUUUUU